GACACUCCUCGCCGCAGCCUGCGGACAGCGAGCCCCGGCAGCAUGACAGAGCUGGAGACAGCCAUGGGCAUGGUCAUCAACGUCUUCGACCGCUACUCGCAGGUGGAGGGCGACAGGCAGAGCCUGACCAGGGGCGAGCUGAAGGUGCUCAUGGAGAAGGAGCUCCCCGGCUUCCUGCAGAGCGGGAGGGACAAGGACGCUGUGGACAAGCUGCUCAAGGACCUGGACGCCAACGGAGAUGCUAGCGUGGACUUCAGCGAGUUCAUGGUGUUCGUGGCCGCGCUCACGGCAGCUUGCCACAAGUACUUCGCGCAGACAGGGCCCAGCUGACCCCGCGCCCCGUCCCGGAGAGCAGAGCCCUGGCUUCCAGAGAACCCCAUGGGGUCAACAGUUGCCCUCUGAUUAAUAAAAUGCUUGUG